AUGGCAGACCAAGGACCCAUUGUCGACAUUGAACAGGCUUCCGCCUCUGCCCAAGCCGCUGAAAAGCAUGGAGAUGUUGUGUCGCCAAAUGCUGUCACAGCAGUCGACUCCAAGGACCCCGCAGCACCGUCGGCACAGGUAUCCGGGAAGCGACAGAAAUUGUCCGAUCUCUUCACCAUUAUUGCUGCCGGUGCCGGAUUGGCUUCGGAUGGAUAUCAGAACAACUUGAUGACCAUGCUCAACGUGCUCUUCACACAGAAAUAUCCCGACGUCUACACUUCGGCAGUCAAGACGCAGGUCUCAAAUGCUCUUCUCGUUGGCGAGGUCCUCGGCCAAGUCGUGAUUGGCUUCACUUGCGACUACCUGGGACGCAAGUUCGCCAUUGUUCUCACUACUCUGAUGGUCAUCCUCGGCGGUAUUCUUGCAACUGCUGCUCAUGGCACGACCACGCUCGGCAUGUUCUGGAUGCUGACAGUGGCCCGCGGCAUUGUGGGCUUUGGCGCUGGCGGCGAAUACCCUGCUGCCUCGACGAGCGCCAGCGAGUCCGCCAACGAGCAUACCUUGAGGAAUCGCGGACCCAUCUUUGUCUUGGUCACCAACCUGCCCUUGUCGUUUGGCGGCCCGCUCGCCGUCAUCAUCUUCCUCAUUGUCAUCUCGGCUGCCGGAGUCACGCAUCUCUCGACCGUCUGGCGGGUUUGCUUUGGAAUUGGCUGCAUCAUUCCGCUCGUCAUCUUCUACUUUCGAAUCAAGAUGCUCAACUCGAAACUUUAUCGUCGAGGUGCCAUCAAGAAGAAGGUGCCGUAUCUUUUAGUUUUCAGGUACUAUUGGAAGGACUUGAUUGGUACCGCAGGAGCGUGGUUUCUGUAUGAUUUUAUUACCUUUCCCAACGGCGUCUUCUCUGGGACAAUCAUUUCCAGCGUCGUCAAGGGCUCUAAUAUUGUCAAAACUGCAGAGUAUCAGCUUCUACUGGGCGCCAUCUCUCUUCCGGGCGUCUUCAUCGGCGCAUUCCUGUGUAACAAGAUUGGCCGUCGCAACACCAUGAUGGUCGGGUUCAGUGGCUACCUCGUCUUUGGGCUCAUCAUCGGCUGCGCCUAUGACCAAAUUACCAAGAUCAUCCCGCUGUUUGUUGUCUUUUAUGGCCUCAUGCAGUCAUCGGGCAACCUAGGACCUGGUGACAUGCUCGGUCUCAUCAGCAGCGAGUCUUAUGCCACCGCCGUCCGCGGCACGUGCUACGGCCUCUCGGCCGCCAUUGGCAAAGUCGGUGCUGCUGUUGGCACCGAGGCCUUUACGCCGAUUCAGACCAACCUAGGCAAGCGAUGGACGUUCAUCAUCGCGGCCAUCUGCGGCAUUACGGGUGUCAUAGUGACGCGCAUCUUUGUGCGCGAUCUUAGGGGCGAGGAUUUGAGAGAGGAGGAUGAGAGGUUCAGGGCCUAUCUCAUCGCAAAUGGCUGGGACGGGGAGAUGGGAGAGGAAGAUCUGAAGGGGCUUGCGCAGGAGGGAGUUGAGCCGGCGCUUGUAGCCGAGGUCGAGCACGAGAAGGGCAUGAAGCACUAA